UCAGUUACCAAACAAAGAGGGCAACACCCGUGUAGCACUUACACUUUCUGCUAUCUUCCAUCUUUUCAAUCUUUCCACGUAACAAAAUCAGAUUCAAUCUCAGAACCCAUUUUCUCGUUCAUUCUUGCCAUAAAAAAAAUGGAAAAGAAAAUCCUUGAUGUCGUACUAGUCCCUACAGGUCUCGUUAUAAUGAUCGCAUACCAUUUAUGGCUUCUCUACCAAAUCGUUAAACAUCCCACAAAAACUGUCAUCGGUGUCAAUUCAAUCAAUCGCCGUCUAUGGGUUCAAGCUAUGAUGGAGGAUGUAUCCAAGAAUGGGGUUUUGGCAGUGCAAUCAUUGAGAAACAACAUAAUGGCAUCAACUCUUUUGGCUUCCACUGCAAUUAUGUUGAGUUCUCUUAUCGCUGUGUUGAUGAGUAGCAGAAAUGAAGAAAGAGGUGUUGUAGCUGUGGUGUUUGGUGAUAGGACUGAGCUAGUUUUGUCCAUAAAGUUUUUCGCAAUAUUGGUUUGUUUCUUGUUAGCUUUCUUGUUGAAUGUUCAAUCCAUAAGAUACUAUAGUCAUGCAAGUAUACUCAUCAAUGUUCCAUUCAAAAAACUGUCAUCAAAUCUUAGGCAACAGAAGCUAACAGCUGAGUAUGUUGCAAACACAGUUAACCGUGGAAGCUAUUUCUGGUCACUUGGUUUGCGUGCCUUUUACUUCUCUUUUCCACUUUUCAUGUGGAUCUUUGGGCCUAUUCCUAUGGUGCUUUCUUGCUUUGCACUUGUUUUCUUGCUCUAUUUUUUGGAUGCUGCUUUUGAAUGUGGUUGGGCUACUAUUGGAGUUGAUGAUCAUGAUGAUUUUGAUGAAGGUGAAGUUCACAAGCAACACUACGUUGACAUUGAAUUGGAAGAACCGAUUAAAAAUUAAUCAAUUUGUUACUAUACGGCUGCAGAAUCGAUAUCAAAAUUUAGACCUAAAUUUUAAUAAAAUCAUUCUGCAGCCGCAAAACGAAUUGAUUUUCGAAUAUAAUGAUUGUGCAGCCGUAACACCGGUGUAGCCGGUGCAGAUGCUCUAAUUUUGUUUUGUAGUUUGUAAGCUAGGUAGAAAUGCAUGACUAGUAUAAUAGUAAUAGAAAAACUACACCCAAGUUCAACUCAAGUUGAAUUGAAUUGAAAUUUAAGUCAUGAAAUAAGUGUGUUUUGGUUUGCAACUUUAGUUUCUGGUGAUAUUAUAUCAAUUUUAAGUGAUCUAUUCGGUAGGAUGACAAUGAACAGAGAGAGACUUGUUUCUGUUCUCUUAGUUCGAUUUCAUUUACUUGUUUGAAUCAUAUUCUACAUGAUAUACACUAUAAGAAUUUGCAUGCA